ACAACACCACCAGUACUCACUGACCAGCAGCUAAGAUCUUCUUCUUAAUCCCGGUCUUCUCCUCCACCUUUCCCAGGAAGUCUGUCACCACGUUCUUCUCGUUGAGGAACUUCUCUGCUCGAUCCUUGAUGGAUGAGAAGAUCUUCAGAAGCCCCAUGUCUCCCAACAGGUGCUGGAGUUCACGGAGGAGACGCAGGAAGACGCUUGACUCACCGGAGACUGCUCAAGAGUGGAGGGAAUAAUCCUCUGGCAACCAUCUGCUGUGAUGGAGGGUGGGGAGGAGCAGGGCGGCUGAAGAGAGGAGACCAAACAGAAACAAGGAAUCGUUGUUCAAAGAAGCCCAGGCUCCCCUCCCUGAUGAAGCCUCCUGCAGUUCUUCUGGGAUACUACUGAGGGCUGUCCAGGGCAACUGAGGGUCUCUUCCACGUGUCCAGGCGCUGACCUGGGCCUCCCCCCGGCACAGAUCUGAGCAUCCCCAUCAGGGACGCGCCUGCGAGGCUUUCUGAAAAGCUUGUCACAUCUUUUGACUCCAUUGCAUUUGAAGGGGCUUUGAGUCUCCCACACAACUGGACACCUCACUGUCACCUGCUGAAGUUUGAUGACCAACAGGUGAAAGUAGGAAUGGAGCUUUGGCUCAGCUCAUUCUUCAUCACCGUCUCAUGACUGUAGAUGGAGUUCAGGAGUAUGGAGAUUGUGGGAAUUCUCUUUGGAACAAUGACCCUAAAACCAGAAACCUUGUGAGUUGUUCUGUCAGUCCAAUGAAAUUUACAUUCCUAAGUUGACAGUAGACUGACUGGCUUGUUAGACCAUGUGAUCCUCUUACUUGCUUUUGCCUUUGGGUUACUAUAUGGAGCGUGACAAACUCUACAGAGCGAGUGCAGCAACUUCCUCUGAGACUGCGUGUGCACAAAUGCCUCCCAUUUUGUUCCGGGUAAGCAUUUUCUGAUCAUCCUCACGGGUUGGUAUUUUCCACGGAGUCUCCCAUAAUACAGUGUAAUACAACACGGGUGAAGCAGGAGAACCACUCUCCUCAAAGCCCUGAAUCUUUUGAACCAAGCCAUAAAGCAGCAUAAACUUCAGAGAUAUUUCCUUGUGGACAGGCUUCUUCUGUGUGGAGCUCUGAAAACAACUUUGCCAGCUCAGUUUCAUUUUGUUAUUGCGUCUCUCAUUGAAACGCGCUGAUUGAAAUCAUCGUCUCUGCAUAAUUGAAUAUAACAAAGUGGAUGUAAAACGUAGCUUAAAUGGAAUCAUUUCAGGACCAAAGCGGACAGCGUUCAGCCUUUAGGCGAUCAUUUUUGACAGCAACGCACCUGUGAGCCAGGAGUCCCCCCACAUAGAUGACGACUCUGGCAGCAGGAAUGCGCCCAGCAGGCCUCCACACGCUCCUGGAGUGUGAGAGUGGAGAAAACAGACGUGGAGCAGAACCACACUGGUGAGCGGACAUGAGAGGAUACCGAGGCAUCAAGUACUGUUUGUUCAUCUUCUGCUACGUCUUCUGGGUGAGUUCCUCCUGGAUCCUUAUUCAUUCAUUCACCAUGCAGAACUUGGCACCAGAGCAGAUAUGACUGUUCAACUGCUGAGGGAGGGUUGACAGUUUGAGUGGAUCUGAAGCUCUCAUCAUGGGUGAAGAGAUCCAGUCUCAAGUGUCUGAACUUCAGAUCAGUCUGUACAUUCACUCCUCCAACACAUGUUCUCAUGCUUCACUAUCACUCCCUCAUGUGGUGGUUGCAAGUCAUUCCUCCCCUGACACCAUUUGUGGUGGAUGCAGGUUUACAACAAGAAGACUUAAUCUAACUUAUCUUAGUUAUUCUAAAAUGAGUCUUAACAGAGGUAGCGGAACAUUGAUGUCAGUCCAUCAGUUCAAAGCAAAAGUGUCUAGAAAAAACACUUUCAGCACCAGAAAUGAAACAGAUUUUGAAGGGAGAGUUUGGUGAAUGGACUCUUGAAAUGUUGCAUCUUCUUAUGCUGGUAAAUUCUGUAAACUGUGAUUUCUUGAUCGACACAUUUCGAUCAUGCCACUGAAGUGAGGAUGGGUUGGAAGUGACACGGUCGAACAUACAACAAGUUCCACUUGAUCUUCUCAAAUAAGUGAUUCCAUUUCGCUGCAAGAAAAGAAUGAAGUGUUUAUGAAACCACCUUUUCUCCUCACCUGCACCUGAAAGAACUUGUCUGGAGAGGCACAGACAGAUGAGCUGUCAACCUGGAGCGCAGGUCUUGAGUGCCGUUUUUAUCGCCGUAGGAAUCUACGCCAAAGUUGCCAAAGAGAAAGAUGUGGUGGACACUCUCACCAUGGAUCCAGCUCUGCUGCUCAUCGUCAUCGGCUCUGUCAUGUUCCUCAUCACUUUCUUCGGAUGUUUCGGAGCGCUGCGCAACAUCACCUGUCUGCUGAAGAUGUUCCUUGGGAUCCUGACGGUAAUCCUGCUCCUGCAGAUCACAGCUGGGGUAGUUGGCUACCUCUUCACCGACAUGGUGAUGGAGAGGACGGAGAAGCUGAUGAUGAAGGCCAUAAUCCAGUACAGGGAGGACCGGGACCUGGAGAACGCCAUCGACUUCAUCCAGAAGAAGUUCCAGUGCUGCGGGGUGGAGAGCUAUAAGGACUGGUCUCGGAAUGUCUACUUCGACUGCUCGGACACCAACCCCAGCCUGGAGGCCUGCGGGGUUCCCUUCUCCUGCUGCACUGAAGUCCUGAACCAGACGGUGCUCAACACCAUGUGUGGUUAUGGGACGCAGAAGCUGGAGGAGCGUCCCGCCAGCCAGGACAUCUUCACCAUAGGCUGCCUGGAGAAGAUCAUUUUGUGGUGCAAGAACCACCUGUUGCUGGUGGCUGGACUGACCUCAGGCCUGCUGCUGCUGGAGGUCUGCAUGAUCAGCCUCGCCGCGGCUCAGGUCUCCAGAAUCAACCAAGUGAGAAAGCAGAAGAAAAAAAACGAUGCCCGAGGUCGAUUGGAGAGGAAGGACAGCUACUGGUAUCCUGCUUUUGCCAACUUCGAUGAUGAAUGAUGACAUGGUGUCAUCAGGAUCUCUCAAAUUCAGCUUCACUUUUAAACAUGGGCAGGAUGGUGCAGAGGUUAGUGAUGGACUGGUGACCUAUCCACACAGAUUUACAAAGGUCAUCUUCUUUUAAUGUCCGAGUGGUUAUCUAUUUUUUGAGAACACAGGAGGAAGGAAAUGACAUCAUGGCAACAAACACACAUGAAUCCAUGCAAAUGCACAGUGACACACGUUUGAGAAAGUACUUUGUGAAAUGUGAUGAGAGGGGCAAAUGUACUACCUCAGGUGGAACGGCAAAGUAACUUCUCUCCAAUACUGUAUUGCAGGCCUGGCCAACCCGCGGCUCAUUCCCCAGUUUAAUGUGGCUCCUCACCAAAUGAGCCGCCAAACUGGCUGCGAUUUUGGUCAAGUUGCUGUUGAGAUGACUGUUUAUACGGGAAAUAAGAUGAAAAAGUAAGAGCUAAAUGUCAAAAUAUUGUUCAAAGACUUGCGUUCAACUUUGAAGUAAAAUAAAUGGCGCACACAUUUCUAUCUACACCGCUUGCUAUUUCGAGGAGGAUCACGGUAAAAUGUAUGAAUUUUAAAAAUACAUGCACAAGAGACAUAUGCCGGACGCGAACCAGCAACCCUGUGACACACAAGGAUGUGCUUUAACUGCUAUACUGUCGCUAAGUCACGUGACCAGCUGUUCAGGUGAGCCUCACAGCCUGACAUGUUUGUAGGAUGUGGCUCUUCUCAGUAACACAGUAAAACAAUGUGGCUCUUAGCCUCUGACUGGUUGGCCGCCCCUGCUGUACUGGAACAUAGCCACACUCUCAAGACUGGGUUAUAAUGAAAUCAUUUUCAAGUGUAAUCCUAGUCAUAUCGGUGAUGUGUUUUAUGAAUAAACAUGAUCGAGUGGCAAUAUCAAACCAGGUUCUCAACUCAUUCCUGAAUAAACGUUUGAACUGGUUUGUCAUUUGAAAGGAAUAUUAUUAAUUAUUAUUACUGACAUUUAUUGUAUUAUAAUUUUAUUUUGAGGAAUGUUUCUUCUGUUGACUGUAAAAAGAAUAAAAUAAAAACUGUUUUAGGUUACAAUUAUGUGUCGAUUAGUACAGGCUUUGUUUUGAAAGAGUCUAAGCAAAAGAUUAUCGAUUGUUUCUGGAUUAUAAAGAGCUCCCUGGGAAUAUAUAUAUAAAAAAAAGCCAGUCAAAUCCGAACACAAGUGCUUGGUGAAUCCCACCUGAUGUUAAUAAUCGAGGAAAGAGGACUUAAAAACAUUCACUUGACUCUUUUUAGUUUACUUUUUAGAAAUCUUGUGAAAUGCAUCAGUAAAACACAUCAAUAUGCAGAGUGCCGUCAAGCAGUGGUUCAGAGCCAGAAGACCCUCACUUGAACACAGUCCUGUUGUCUCACCUUAACCCGCUAAUCUGCCGUGGUGACUUUAAUCUGUAGGGAUGGAUUAGACGCAGAGGCACCUGCGACUGUGUCUUCUUAGGCUUCAGUCCCGUGCAGCUCCUGAAACAGAAAACAAACUGGGUCUUUUUAUAGCUUAUUGUAUUUCAUUGAAUGUGUACUGUAAUAGGAAG